AUGGUAUGGGAUCACAGCAAAGUGUUGUGGUGGCGAAUGCCUUUCCUCAAGAUGUAUUCGUUAGAGCGAAGACGGAAAGGAUUACGGAACGCCAGGCUACAGUAAGCGUCUCAGCAGAGACUCAGUUGUCCAAAUUUUUUGCUCUGCUAGGGAGUUUCAAAAUUGAAGCAAAACGGAAAGAUAAUAUCAAGUAUCAAAAACUCAUAGAAGAGGGUUUUUGCACGAUGCCUAAGCAAGCGAUAACAUCUUUUAAACCACCUUCAAAUCACACUGAAGUAGUUUUUAUAACUGUACUUUACCACGACGAGGAAGGAAAUGGGCGUUACAUAGCUCAUGAUGUUCCGUGCUAUGAAAAACAAUCAGUGAUUAUCACAGCAACUGGGGGAAUAGUGGAUGCAGCGGACAGAAACUCGCCGUGGAUAGAUCGUACUGGUAAGAACCAUGAACAAGAUCCAUGUCCAGUUUGUUCCAAAAUUUCAUCAGUUUGCUCAUUUUGUUUGGUGGAAAGUAGACUGGUAGAAAUAAAAAAGAGCAUCGGAAUCGUUCAAGAGUGCCAGCUGGCAAAACAUUUAGUUCAAACGAUAGAGAGAGUUAAACAGAUUAAAGUGGCAGAAAGACAGCAAGAAGUAAGGGAUAUGAUAAGAGAUAUUGAAGGUUUGGCUAAGAUGUACUGGAAGCUUGAAGCACAAACUAAACGUGCAGUUGGCAACGUGAAAGUCUACGGGGUGGAUUUAAAAGAAGCUGCAGAUGAUUACUUGAAGGAUGGUAUUCUUACUGAUUUCUGGACAGAGUUGACGAACAUGCAUGAAGCAAAAACAAAUCUCGAAUCUGCCACUGAGCGUCAUGAGGAAAUUAAACGUGAAGCUUCAUUGCUUCAAAAGAGAGCGGAGUCUAGAGGGAAAACAUUUGGAGAAAAAGCUUCGGUAGCAUCAGCCUACGCUAAUGAAAACGAUGGUACGUUAAAGUCCGUUAUGUCCAUUCCAGGUGUAGGACAAGUACUAGGCGGUCUUUAUGGUGCUGUGGCAGGAGGAGUUACUGCAUUGGAAUGGUGCACAGAAACAAGCGCAGCAAAUAAUAUUCCAGUUAAAAUAUUAGCUGGUGUGGCAGGAGCAGUUGCAGCAGGUUCUGCUACACUCAUAGGUACAAUCAUUACCAUACCUUUGGCACCUUAUUUUUGGUACAAAUCCAUUUCUAGCGAGAUUGAUGCAAAAAAUUAUGGAAUAUUAAAGGAGGAGUUUGACAGCGUAGCACUUCAAAUGGGACUGGUCGACGAGCAUCUGGGAAAAAUAACAACUUCUUUACUUGAAAUUGAGCAGAAUUUGGAGUUUUCUCAAAGAGCCGAAAGAAAAGUUAUUGCGACACUAGAUGAGAAAAAGAGAAAAGAAAUGACUCGGAGGGUAAUAGCAAGAGCAGAGGAUCUGGUUCACGCCACUGAUCAAUACUUCCGCAUAGUUAAUACAAAUCAACUUGACAAAGCCCUUGUAAUAUAGAUGAAUAGAUGACAAUUUCAUUGGUUUCUUUUUCUUGAUUUUUGCGUCAUCUAUUUAUGAAA